AUGGAUAUCCACGGCGCUGGAGCGGCUGGGACGCGGAUACAGCUGUCGGCCUACAGACCCAGACCUGCCUCACCUCGGAGCACUUCUCGAUCCAACUCGCAAACCUCUGACGACCCCUUUCAGCCUCGACAACCAAUUGUGAUACCUGGCAUACGCUUCGAUGACGUCCCUCCACCGCUGCCGCCGCCCGCCUUCAAUGACGACCUGGCCAACGGUGUAGAUUUGGCCUGGAACUGGGCAAACAGCCAUCCCUUCGAGGGUCAGCGACAGUUGGCGCCGAUUAAGCCAGGCUCAAGUCUUCACGGCAGUUUCGUACGGUCCAGAAACUCCCUGCCACAUGGCCGCGACGACGACAACGACAACGACGACGACGACAUGAGCAUCGACGACGACAAGUAUCCUCGUAGGAGCAGCAACGUGUCGACGGUAAGAUCACCGUCACAGGCCGAAAUGCGGUUUGGCGGUUCUGUACCUGCAGGCCGCCGAAAACCGCCCUCUCCAAAUCUGGCAAAUCAGAGAUUACAAGGAGAAGUUCCCCUCGCCCGGCGCAAUUACGACCGUUCCGCGCAGGCAUACGACCAGAGACUGUUGUCCAAGAUUGGGAAGUGCAAUUCGCCACCUCAACAUCAACGUUCAGGCUCAACAGAUGGCCCGUCUUAUGCUUCGCAACUCUCGCUGCAGACCGUGAACUCAAAAUUCCGAUUGCUGUCAGCCACUGAACUUCCGUCAGCCCUCGUUGAUCCGGUGUCUAAAUGGAUCACGAGUCCGGUCUCAGCAGGCAUCUCGCCGGGCUCGCGCCCUGGCUGGCGUGACUACAAUAUGGAGCAUCGGAGUCCCUCAAUCGACAACACUGCGCACUCGCUCGUGUUGGACCCGGAACUGUUCCUUCAGCCUCGGGCGGGUGGUCUGCCUUCCAUAUCAGGUGCCACGCCGAAUGAUGAAGUGGCCAGCGUGGGAGGCCGCUCGUACCGGAGUAGCUACGAUCCAGGAUUCUUUGCUGAGACGGAAUCCGACGUCGUAGGCGAUGACCAGAGCGCGUUCCGCAAUCUAAAUCUCGGCGACUCGCAGGAGCAGCAGGUGGGUCGGCGAUCCUCCAAGCAGGGCAUGAAGCGUCGGGCUGGGUCACCCCCAUCCGAAGUGGCUCGGGACGACAAGUCUCCAUCACGUGGCGGCAGCUCAACAGAAGUGAUCCACCACAAAGUCCCUACGACUGCGUUGGCACGCUCGCCGGGCUCGAGAUAUUAUCAACCCAAGCAUGGAUCUGUCUCGUCCACUGCGUCGAGCGUCAGGCACAACUCCUAUGCAUCGUCUGUUGCGCUUUCAAUUGCCGGCAGUAGCAUGACCAGUAUCUCUUCCUUCGAGCGACAGUCACCGCUAGACCCUGCCUCGCAGACUGCAUACAUAACCUCGGCUCAGCCUAUCCCGAGUCCUGCUGCCACGUCAGUUGUGCCUUCCAGGACACAGCCUACUCAGCCGCUCCUCGACACGAAAUCUGCGGUCCGCAAACUAUCUACACACAUUGCAAUGUCCGACUCCAUGCUCCCUCCAGCUACGCGCGUUGGCAACUACUUCAUAUGUGAUUGCUGCCCCAAGAAGCCCAAGAAGUUCGACGCCGAAGAAGGUCUGAGAGCACACCAGAUGGAGAAGCAGUACACCUGCCAGUACUGCAACAAUCGCUUCAAGAACAAAAACGAGGCAGAGCGCCAUCAGAACUCGCUUCAUCUACGACGUCACUCCUGGUCAUGUGCGGCUAUCUCGAAUUAUCAGGCAGCGUUUCACCCGGUCUCCUCGCCACCUGGCUCAGCGGGUGCCCAAGCCGAUGUUUGUGGCUAUUGCGGAGAGGAGUUCCCCAAUCUGCCGCAGCCCGACUGGGAUCGCCGAAUUGACCACCUCACCAACAUCCACAAGUUUGGCGAGUGCAACCAAGCAAAGAAAUUUUUCCGGGCCGAUCACUUCAGACAGCACCUCAAACACAGCCACGCUGGACAGAGUGGGAAAUGGACCAACGUAUUGGAAAAUGUGUGCCUGCGCGAGGAAGUCCCUCAGGAUCUAGCUGGAAUAUCACCAACUGGGAGUGACUCGAGCCCAGGACGAGGACCCAGCAGCCUCCCAGAACGGCCCAUGGGUGGUGCCACGAUCAAUGAAGCCCAGGACGAGACGUGA